CUUUGUUUUCAAUACACACGUCUCCGCCACGAGUUCCACGAGGGUGAAGUUUGAUGUUUGUAAAUAUAGUGGUCAUCUUUCGUGGAGUGGAUAUGAUACGAUGGGUUGUGAGUGUAUUAUCGUCGAGUCGGACGUACAUUAAUAUGCAGAAAAAUAAUUUGUAGUAUGAAGUCCUGUGAGUCAUGAGAACGAAUAUAUUUAUGUACCCUUUGGAAGAUCUUUUUAAUAGUAGGGCACAAUGGGAAGUUUCCAACCCUAAGUAUUUCGUUUUACCGGGACUUAAUACAAUGAAAAGGAAAGAAAUCAAAUAUUUUCCGUAACUUGUUUACGUCUCAAUAUUAUCAGUGGUUUCUUUAAAAGAAACUUCCAGAAGAAAGCGGAAUAGGUGAUAUAAUAAGGUUUUGGUGGAACCAGCGGUCUCCAAGCGUAUGACAAUUGUAGUUUAGCAAGUUAACAAUGUAUGCAAGUUUAUCAUUUGGAGAAAUCACUUUCUAUUGUGUGACAUGGGUUUCUGCAGUAUUUUAUUCUGUUUACCAACUCUGGGAUGCCACACACUUCAUGAACCCUAACCGAUACAAGGCCUAUGAGGUAGGCUGGUCUAUCUCUGUGAAGGAUGACUCGAGUGACUACGAAUGGCAGAUGUGGGUUCCUUUCCUUCUCUUCAAAGUUCCAUGGCUUGUGUCUCAUUUCGUAGGCGCAGAGCUUGUGCGGCGCAACAACAUUGAGCUACUGCCCGUUUGGUACGUGCUGAUCAGUGCUAUCUUCCUACUGAACUAUGUGGGUGCAUUUGCAACUGCAGUGCUUGUGAUGAAGUGUGCUCUGAUAUACGCCCUCCACUUGUUGCGCAGCCGCAUCCUCCUGUGGGCAGUAUGUGUGACAUUAAUUAUUGGAUACAACAUGGGUGACAUAGUGGAUGUCUUAUCACUUGAGAGGAGGGAACACUACAUGAUGAGUGUGUGUGGAUCCUGGGUUCUUCUACGCUGCAUAGGAUUUUGUCUGGAUGCCCUGAAAGCAUCACCCUCCACGCCCCGCCCACCUAUGCCCGUUGAAUUUGUGCUCUACCUCUCUUACUGCCUCUAUCUUCCAGUGUUGUUCCUGGGACCCGUUAUUAUGUACAGCGACUUCCAGGUUGGGCUGAAGCAAACCUACAAGAGAUGGACAUUUCCAAGAAUAUUAUGUGCUCUUCUAAGCCUCUUGAGAUAUGUCUUUUGGGGGCUGGUCAUUGAUGCUAUACUUCAUUACCUGUACUUCAACUCUUUCGUCAUGAUUCCUAAGACAGUGAGGAUGGGUAACUGGGCACUUUAUGGCUAUGGUUAUGCCCUGGGCCAGUUCUUCAUGGUCAAGUAUGUUGUUGUCUAUGGCAUCGGUUCCUCUGUGGCACGGUUGGAGCAAAUUGAUGCUCCACAUAAUCCCAAAUGCAUUGCUCGGGUGCACCUGUACUCCUACAUGUGGAGGCACUUCGAUCAAGGACUCUACCUCUUCCUACUCAAAUACAUCUAUCUUCCAUGUUGUGGACACAGUAAACACUACUGGAAUAAACUGUUUGCUUCCUUGAUGUGCUUUGUGUUUGUGUACGUGUGGCACACUACACACUUUGCCAUCCUUAUUUGGACACUGCUGAAUUUCAUAGGCGUGACAUUGGAGGGCUUGGGAAAACAGAUAUCAGCUUCUGCAGCCUACAGGAAGUGGGAGGAUUCUACAUUUUCUCCCCAAGGCAUCAGAAGGUUUCAUGCACUUCUUGCAACUCCCAUUUUUAUGAUGUCUGCACUCUCAAACUUCUACUUUCUGGGUUCUUAUGCUAUUGGGCAAGUUUUUGUGUCACGUUUACUAAAUGCAUCUGCUAUUGCUGCUGUCAAGUAUCCAUUGAAGUCAACAACUGGGAACAAAGAAGAGUUCUUGAAGCCAAAG